CCUGUUUUUACCUUCUUUUGUUGACACUUCCUUUGGGUUAUUUUUCAUUAAUUCAUUAUUUUGUUUCUAGUAAAGUGAGAUAUAUACAUACACAUAUCUAUAUGUGUAUAUAUAUAUAUAUAUAUACAUAUAUAUAUAUAUAUAUAUACACACAGUCCAUGGGGUCACAAAGAGUCAGACACAACUGGGCGACUAAACAGCAACAAUAUAUUUAUGUGUGUGUGUGUAUGAAUAUAGUUGUGUGCAUACAUGCGUAGGUUUUCCUGUAUGUACACAUGUACAUAUAUACAUGUAUAUGCAUACAUGUACACGUUUGUCAGCAGCGUCUAUUAACUCUGGACGUGGGAUUCCCGUGACCCAGCAGCCCCAUUCUGAGCACGCGGCUCUGAGCCGUUUUCACAGACAGCACUCCGACAGCAAAUGUGGCGGUUUCCACCCCAACCAGUUCUCUGGUUCUCCGGCACCAGCUGGGCGUCCCACAGUUUGACACUAACUCCCUGGCGUCAGUGCAGACCCCACAGACCAAGGGCUCCGUCCCACAGGGCUGUCCCCACACAUCAGAUGCCACCACUUCACCAGCUGUAAUCGGGGACCCCCACGACCCCUUCCUCAGGCUCAGUACUAGCUAGUACAGCUCACACAUGCAGGCCCACAGUUCACUUGCUAUUUGCAGUGUAUCCUGAAGGUACAGGAUGGAAUCAGCCGACGGCCGGGCUGCACGGCCUUCCCAGCAUCUCCACACGUUCACCGGGCCGGACCCCUCCGGACCUCACGGCGGGGUGGGUCUCAGGGAGGCUGCAUCAUGCAGGUGAUUAAAUGAUCAGCAGUUAGUGAUGAGCUCCCAGGAGUUCCGGGUGGGGCCAUGCCUUGGUCUUCCUGGAUUCCAGCCCCCACUCUGAAGCUACUUAGGGUUUCCUAACCCCUCCUCCCCCAGCCCCCCAGCAACCACAGCUCCACCGUCUGUCUGUGGAUCUGCUUGUUCUGGAUGCGUCACGUAAACGGAACCACAUGCUGUGUGGCCUUUUUGCAGUGUCCUCGGGGUUCACGCUGGUGCAGCAUGUGUCAGACUCUUCUCCCUUUAUAUGGUGGAACGUUGUGGGGCAGGUUCACAGCCCCUGGAGCUCUCCUGCUGAGACUGGACCUGGCCCGGAACGUGGACGGGGAGGACCACCCAGGUUGGCAGCUUUCACGAGCACGGGAUCGUCCUCACGAAGUGUCUUCGGCCGCAAAGACGAGUUGCUCUCCACACCCACCGCCGAAUCCGAUCGGUUCACCUGGGGCCUCGCUGGGCACCGGCGGGUGUGCAGCUCCGGUGGUCCAACUGCCCGACGCCAUCUCCAGGCUGCGUCCCGGAAACGUGUGGGCUCGGAGAGUAGAGCGCGCACCCCAGGGCAGGAGGCGUGAGGAGCCUCGAUGGCCUGCUCAGCGGCGGGCACCUCCUCCCUGGACCUCCUCCGGCAUUUCCAGGGCCGGGCUCUUGUGUGUCCCUUCCUGUGUGGCGGGCACUGGGCUGGCCCUGCCUGGGGCUGCCGCGGGCCUCAGACCUCACAGCUGGUGCCCCCAAGUUACCAGGAACAAGAGCCGUGUGGGCACGUGUGAGCCUGCAUGUGCUGUGUGGGGGGGUGGUGUGCGUGUGAUGCGUGUGCAGGAGGCCUGGGCAAGGCCGAGGAGGGGGAGGCCGUGUUUCAGCAUCGCCCCAGCCCUCCCCCACCACAGCGGGGAAGGGGGUGGGGAUCAGCCGCCCGCGGUCCCGCCCUCUCCACACCUGCCGGCCCAGCAGUGGCAGGAGCCCUGUGCCCUCUCCCCGGCCCCAUGGUUGUGCUGCCGUCCCUCUGGCUGCCCUGGCCUGUCCCCCCUCACGUGGUCAGACCCAGCAAGCCCAGUCGCAGACAUGGGGCCUCAAAGGGUCCUGAGACCUCAAGGGCCCUGUCUCCCUGGUGGGGGCUGCUCUCCCUGAAAUGGUCCCCCAGGGCCCAGGGUGGUCUCUCCUGCGCCAGGGCGGUCACUGCGGCCACCCAGACCCAGACGCAGCCCCAUCCUCCUGGUCAUGUCACUGCCCUCAGGGGCCCCAGAGACUUGGGCGUUCCUGGACUCAACAUUCCCACCAACGUCACGGCCACAGCUCAACUGGGCCCGUGUGCCCACCCAGCCAGCAGAGUUAGAAUCCCACGGCCGGGGUCGGGGCCUGGUCUGCAGCCCUCGCCCACAUCUGGCCCUGCUGGCAUGCAGCCACCACACUGCCCUGCCUGCAGGGGGGCUUGGUUGAGAGAACCGCGGGGCUGAGCCCCCCAGGGGGAUGGGGUCUUCUGACGUCUUCAUGCCUCUAAAGGCUCAGGGGCCAGCGAGUCUGCGUCCAGGAACUGGAUGGACCCAACCGUGUCCCUGGCCCCAGGCCCCCGCUUUCAACUUUACAGGGUUUCUGCUUGUCAGAGGGCAGAGGUGGGGUUCCAGGUGACACUGACCCGUCCUGGGGACAGGCUGGUAACUGAGCCGCCCAGAGCGUAGGGAGGGAAGUCCAGCCAGCCUCAGAGAGAGGCGGCAGGUGGCAUGGGCCGAGGGCGUGACCUGGGCAGACAACCGGCAGGACAGCUGUGGCAACACUCGGGCCAGCGAGGGUGGGGGUGGGGCGGCUGCAGUGACCCUGCGCAGCUACGCAGUGACUUCGGCCAAAAGCAAGCCAUCUGGCCUUGCUGGGCGGGGCCACCGCCCCACACCCUCCCAUGGAGACAGGCAGAGAGCUAGCCUGGAGGACGGGGCCAGGCCGGAGGGCGAGGCCAGGGAAGGGCGGGGCUGGAGGGACACCCGGCAGGCUCCCAGCGCUGCCGGUCACGGGUGGGCGGGGCCUGGCAGCUCAGAGUCAGAAACUGCUCUUCAGACGACGGAACAGACAGGCCCUUUGGUCUUCCCACUGUGACCCGCGGGGCAGCCGCAGGCCAGACCACAUGCUUCCAGCGUCCCUCUCUGCCCAACCCCGGCUCCGUCCCCUCAGGACCGGAGCACCUAUCCACCCCCACCCUUGCAGGUCUUCCUGCCCAGCCGACAGUGAACCUCAGGCCCACCCCAUUGACCAGACAGGAGGGGCGUGCGGGUGGCCAGAGGUCUGGUGACCCUGCCAAGGGGUCGGCCAGCGUCCUUGCAGCGUCCUGUGUCCCCAUCUGUGCAGAGGCGCCAAGGAGCACCCCCUGCCCCCUGCAGGGCUGCGCAGGGUUAAGGAGAAGGCUGGGGGCCGAGCAGGGCCCCUGCUCUCUGCCUGCGCCCGGGACCCGGACCCCACCCAGCUGCUUUCCCCUGCUUGGCCCGGGCUCCCGGCCAGUGAGGGCUUAGACCUGCCUCUCAGGAUGACCCCUGUCCACGCAGAACACCAUGGGUCAGCGGGGGAAGGACGGAGGAAGGAACAAGGCAGGACAGAGAGAGACCUGUGAGCCACCACCCAGUGGCCAGUCCACAGAGGAGAGGCCCACGCUCAGGAAGGAAGGAAGGAUGCACCCCACAACCACAAGCUCUCGGCAGGUGUUGACGGCCCCUCUGUGACCGCUGCCAUCUGGGGUCUGGGACAGAGCAGUGGGCAAAGCGGACCCGUGCUUGGACAGCCUGAGCUGUUGGAGAGUCAGACACACAGAGGGACGUUAAGCCGUGACCGCAGGAGGCCGUCACACGUGAUGCCACUGGGGUCUAUUGCGGGCUCAAUCCGGGUCAUCAAUGAGGGCUUCCGUCCCAGAACCCGCCUGGUUUCUGCGACACCCUGCUCGAUGGACGUGUCUGUGGGACCCGGCUCCACCGCCCAGGGAUGCUGAAAGGGCUGCCUUCAGAGGAGUUUUAAACAAGACCCAUCUGGAAUCCUCCUGAGGGUAGAUGCGCCCAGAAGCGAAGGUCAGGCACAGCAGGGGUCUCUCUGGAUGCCUGCUACCCUCUCAUGGGGCCAGUUCCACCCUGACCCUAGGUGCACCCUACACCUUCCCAGCAGGUAGAUCCCCGGGGGGUGCGACGGGAGGAGAUUCAGGAGGGGGCAGUGCCCAGGUGCUCAGACUGGGACUGGUGUCCCGGCUGGCAGGCCUCUGCCCGUGCAGUGUCCCUGUCCCCACACCCUCGUGGCAGGAGGCGCAGCUCCCCUUCCCCAGACUGGGGUCUCUGUGUCAGGUCCCCCGGGCCUUCAGGGGGCAGAGGGCGGCCUUUGAGGUCCCCCAGCAAGGAGCUGGGAGGAUGAGGGGCCUUAUCCUGGGAGCCACCCUGUGCCACCUAGAGGACAUGCAGACACACUUACGCCCUUAUGCGCACGCCCCUGGUGGGCAGAGGCUGGGCAUGGGUGCUCCGAGGGCGGCCCCCGCCCGGUGCCUUCCCACCUGCCCCAAGGUCAUGG